ACUCUUGUUGAUUGUUCACGUCUAGUCUCUAGCUCUCUCUGCAUGCUCUACACUCUGCACGUCAAGACCGUCCUUCCGGCGGAUUUUGGCGUCCAUUCUGACACAUACAGCAGUGACACAGAAGUUGUCGUUUCGUUAGUUCAAAACUGGAGAACAGACGUUUGGAUGCGUUUGUCGUGGGGACUGGGGAUGUUGUGACAGUGUGUAUUACUGAGGCAGCCAACCAACCAACACUUUUUUUGUUGACAGAAGUGUUAUUUUAAUUUGUUAUAAUUCAAUUUAAUUACGACAUCAGUCAUCACCACCGGUCACCGCAGAGACCAGAGAGGGCGAAAUAAAAUUCGUAUCGUGUUCUGUUGAUUGUCAUCUUACACUACACUUUGGAAGGAUUUCAUCACAGAUUCCUUUUGGAACCCAUCAAUAUGUCACUUGGUCUUGACUUUGAUGACCCUUCAGUGUGGGGACCACACCCUCAUCCACUCCCCGAUCCAGACGUAAACUGUACCAUAUUAGGAGGUGUACCUUGGGUGUGGCAUAUAUUCCAUGAGUGCGUUGUGGAUAAUGUUCAGUAUGCUGGAUUCUUUCUGGGUCUAAUUUCCAUCCUAUGCUGGUUGGUGGUGUUUCUUCCACAAUUCUACGAUGCUUAUAAGACUGGUCAUAUGGACGAAGCUAUUUCACCAGUCUUCCUUCUCUUGUGGUUGCUAGGUGAUGUAUCUAAUCUCACCGGUAGUGUGCUAAGUAAGCAACUUGGUACACAGAUAGCUGUAGCGUAUUACUACAUAGGAAUGGAUUCGCUAGUCAUACUACAGUUUACUUACUACUACAUCAAAAAUAAAAGAAGGCGGCAGCUCACGGAAGGUCUUCAGAGAAGCUAUGAUACAUGUAGUGAAACAAAACCACAAAACAGUCAAGUUAUAUUCGGCAUUGGGAGUCUUCUUAUAAUGGGUGGAACCAGCUGGCUAUCCUUAUCACCAUGGCAACAACAACAACCAACAAUGCAUGAUGGGAGCUGGAGGUCAGGACGAUCACUCCUUGGUGUAGAGACUACUAUAUGUCAAGUACCGUUCUUUGGAACUGGUAAAUGUUUAUUUUAUGAUGACAAGGAAAUUAUUGGCUACUCCUGUGGAUGUAUUUCCGCUGUUUUCUAUUUAGCUUCCAGAAUACCUCAACUUUAUAAGAAUUACAAACGUAAGUCUACUGAAGGUGUAGCCGUCAUGAUGUUCGUUCUGACUGUCUUAGGGAAUGUAUUCUAUGGUCUCUCAAUCAUAAUGGAAAAUACAACUCCCGUCUUCAUCGUACGACAUUUCCCAUGGCUUGUGGGUAGCCUGGGAACACUCUGCUUUGACUGCAUUAUGCUUUUACAGUUCCGUCUGUAUAGAAGGACUGACGUAAUGAGUGAAGACGAAGCAAGAGGACUUCUUACUCCAAAUGUUCGAUCAGAUGAUGAAGGGUUCUACAGAAACUGAAGGGAAAGACGACUUGAAGUUGACACAGCUGAGUUUGUUUUGUUGUUGUGGUUUUUAGAUUUUGUUUUCUUUGACAAAAGAUGAUAGUGUAGCAACAAACUUUAUACUCAAAGUGGAAACACUAGUAACAUCUGUUUGCACAGAUACAUUUGUAGUUUGAAGUCACUGCCAAAACAAAUGUCCCCUGUGCAAGCACUGCAACUUUUGUUUUUUUACUUGUUUUAUUUCUAGGAACCGUCAAAUUUAACAAUUUUACAAUUAUCAAUACAGCGAAAUCAGUCUUGACUUAUAUUUUGUUAUUCUAUUAGCCUCAUACAAAAAUAGUUUUCUUUGUUUUUAGAGGUAGAAUUCAGAUAAGGUUUUAGGUGGUUUCAGUACUUUUAUUGCAUCAUUUUAAAAUGUGUUAAAUAUAUUUUAAAACUGUGCCAAUUUUUAUCAGGUCAAGAUUCAGGUGAAACUUAAUUACAAAAAGUUCAGCAUCUCUUGACAGAAGUUAAGAUUUGAUAUGUGAAGAUUUUUAAUACUUGCCAAUACAGCUCCAUUCUUGCAAAUGGCUUAACUUCUAAUUCUAGAAGAAAUACUCUGCUGCCCAAAACAUCUUCCGAGUAUGUUGCUGUUAUAGAUCCAUUGCAUUUUUUUAAAAACUGUACUCCCAGUACUUUGUACACACCAAUCUUUUACAAUGUUUGAACAGUUUAAGAUUAACCAGUGUGCACUGCCUCGUCAAAGGCAAUUCUAUGUUAUAUAUUUUCAAGUUAGCUUGUUAUGUUAUUUUAAAAUGGGUGACCAAGUAUUUUUUUUCUCCAGUUGUUCAAGGUAAUAUUUUGUUUAUGCAUGUACUGCCCAAUUGUAUGAAGAAUAGCUUGUAUAAACAUUCGUAAAGCAUUAUUAAUUGGUUAUUAAAAAAUUGAGGUGUGUGUAUUUUUAUGUUAUUCACUUACAAUAAUUGUGAUAAAUACAACUGCCAGGAGAUAAUUUUUACAAGAAAUGGUUUAUUUGUCUCCAAAUUAUUUGGUUGUCAACUUUCCUAUCUUAAGGUUAAAGGUAUUACCAUGGUUACUAGCUCCGACUGAUGGGGUCAAAGUCUACAUUCAGGUAUUCAAUCAAUCAAUCAGAGGGAAUUUAUAUAGCGCCAAGGUAUUGGUAUAAACCAAAGAAUUAUUUGAAAGGCUGGGGCUAAGCCAAGCACUCUAUGUAUGAUGUAACAACAUUGCACAGUCCUCAGAAUAGACUAUCACUAACAGCCUACAAAAAAAUGGUUAGGAAUUUGUGGUUACCACAAUACUUAAACUUCUGGGAUAAAAACUCCCUUAUCUGAAUUUAUCAUAGGCUAUUAUCAAAACAAGGCUUCUACACCUGCUUAUGCUUUCGCUGCCUGUUCAAAUCCCAUACCAAAAGCGCACACUUUCAAAUAACUCUUGGAGCCUAAACUGGAGCUCUGUGUGCACAUGAUCUAUAGUGGAUAUUAGAUGUAAACUUCUUUCUCAAAAACCACGUUACUUCAGAGGGAGCCAUUUCUCAGAAUGUUUUAUACUAUCAACAGCUCCC